AUGCAGACUGCAGCAGCACAAGCAGCAGCAGCAGCAGCAGCAGCAGCAGCAUCAACAGCAACAGCAGCAGAAGGCGCAACAGCAGGAGCACAAACCGCAGCAACUGCAGCAACAACAGCAACAACAGCCGCUUCACCAGCAGCACAAUACACUGCAGCAACACCAGCCGCAGCACCAGCAGCAGCAGCAGCAGCAGCAGCAGCAAUGUCGGUGUAUGCUGGAGGCCACGCAGAGCGUUUGUCUGUGAGUGGAGACGGCCUUUUGUUUAUAAAGGAGACAAAUAAAGCAGAGGGGCAUUUCUAUCUCUGGGUGCAUGCACUAGCCAGACGCAGCAGCAAACCCCACACACAAUUACCAGCAGCAGCAGCAGCAGCAGCAACAGCAGCAGGAGAAGCAGACGCAGCAGCAGCGGCAACUUCGGCAGGAGAAGCAACAACAGCACCCGCAGGAGAAGCAACACCAACAGCAACAGCAGGAGCAGCAGGAGCAGCAGCAGCAACAGCAACAGCAGGAGCAGCAGCAGCAGCAGCAGGAGUAGCAGCAGCAACAGCAGCAGGAGUUAUUUCUGCUGCUGGAUGCCCUUUGGGUUGUGUGUCUGGGUGCCCGAUAAUUGAUAUAGAAAAGGAGACAGCAAAAGGAGACAGAGACAAAAAGACAAAAGGAGACAGCGUAAAACCACCUACAAGCAACAAAGGAGACAGAGAAGCAGACGGAGACAGACGAAGAGAGAGGGUCUCGGAGGCAGCCAGCCGUUCUGCUGCUUCGCUUCUUUCUUUUAUCCCUGCUGCAUUUGGGGUGUCUCUGCAGCCUGCAGCAAAGGAGACACAAAAGGAGACAGUUGUCUUGUACUUGGAGAAUCUUCUCGCGGGCCUAGACAGCCCCAUAGUCGUAGAUAUUAAGAUGGGGACACGUUUGCAUGGGGACUCUGCAUCUGAGUUAAAGCGGCAGCGAGCAGCAGUUCGCUCGCGCUUGCGUGGUGCGGAGACACUUGGAGUGUCUCUGAGUGGGGUGUGGGGUGUAGAAGGGGGAGAGCUGCUGCAUUAUGCUGGGGGCUCUAGACUGCAGCAAGGGGCCUAUAGACCCCACACUCUGUCAGAUUAUAUCUGUCUCUUUAGGGCCCUCUUAAACAGAGACACUCAGCAUCAUCAGCUGUAUACUCAACUCCGCAGCACUUUACUUCAAAUACAUUACUUCUUUACACGCCAGCAAAUACUUAAUCUAUACUGCAGCAGUCUCCUCUUCGUUGUCGGUACACCACGCAUAAUAGACCCACCCCACGUAGGGGGCCCCCAAGGGGGGCCCCAUGUGGGGGGCCCCCAACUUGGGGGCCCCCAAAACGGGACUCAAGGGAGGCCCCAGGUUGGAGGCCCCCAAGGGGGCCCCUCAAGAGUUGCUCCCCAGGUUGGGGGCCCCCAUGGGGGGCCUCAUGGGGAGCCCCAAGUGUGGGGCCCCCAAGUUAGGGGGCCUCAAGGGGGGCCCCAUGGGGCCCCACAGAGGGGGGCCCCCCCAGAGGGGCCCCUAGGGGGCCCCCUAGAAGGGGAAGCCCAAGGGGGUCUCCACGGGGUGGGGGCCCACCUCGAAAGGGGGCCCCACGGGGGGCCUCUUAAGGGGCCCCCUGAAGAAGCCUUAACGGGGGCCCCAAAGGGGGCCCCUACUGUACCCUCAGAGAGGGGGGCCCUUCAAGGGCCCCUCACAGGGGGCCCCCCUAAGGCAGCUUCCUUGGGGGACCCCCAAGGGGCUUUAGAAGCUCCCCCUGGGGGGCCCUUAGGGAACCCCUUGGGGGCCCCCCAGGGGGCCCCUGUAUUGCGUGUGAAGAUGAUAGACUUUGCGCAUGCGAGCUUGUACCCUGAAGAAAUAGAAAAGGGAUAUUUAAAAGGAUUAGAGACGCUGAUAAAAGCAGUUGAUGCUGCAGCAGAGGCCCUUGCAUGCGGUGAGGAGACACCCGGAGGGAUAAGAGAACUGCUGGCUUGCUGGGCAGCGAAGGGAGACAAAAAGGAGACAGAAGGGACCUGCGGAGACACCUGA